AUAAGCAUGUUUCUGGGUGGUUUGGUGGUCACCAUCCUCCUGGACAUCAUCCACAUCAGCAUCUUCUACCCGCGGGCCGGCCUCUUGGACGUAGGGCGCUUUGGCGCUGGCAUGACCAUCCUCAGCCUGCUCCUCAAGCCCUUCUCCUGCUUCAUGCUCUACAACAUGUACCUGCAGCGCGGGGGCGAGGCUCCCUUCGGCUCCAGGGAGUACUAUACACUUUUUGGAAGCACAUCUCAACGCAGUGCCUACCAGACGAUUGACUCACCAGAGGCCCCCACAGACUUUUAUGCAGGCGCGGAGAACAAGGGUCACACCUCCCAAGGGUACUGAAGCCAGCCCUGCUGCCCUGGCCACAGCUCCGGGGCCAGAAUCACAAACUGUAGGGGAGGUUGGUCAGCAGGGCCUUCCUUGUGCCCUGGACACCGAUCUACGGCUGCCCCUGACCCCCCCUCUCUUGGACCUA